CCCCGCCCCCCCCCGCCGCCACCUGCCGCUCCCGGGAACCCUCGCCUCUCGGGUUCCCGUUGCCCGCCCGGACCCUUCCGCCGGUUGCACCGAGCGCCCCGUGGGAAUUGCCGCGGUCCCGGGGGCGUCAUGGCCUUCAAUUUCGGGACUCCCGCGGGCGGCACGGCCACGGCAGCUACCCCCGCGGCCCCCACGGGAUUUGGUGGGCUGGAGGCCGCCACCUCCACCAACAGUGGGUUUAAUUUUGGGGGUUUCGGAUUAGCGGCUAAUCCGGCAGUGAACUUUAAUAUUGGGAGUUUCGGGGUUACCACCACCGCCGCGGCCCCCUUCAGUUUUGGUAACCCUCUGGCCAGCGCAGGUACGUUUGGAGGGUUUGGAACCACCACCACGACGGCAGGUUCUGCAUUCAGCUUUUCUGCUCCCACUAACACAGGCACAAGUGGACUCUUUGGUGCUACUCAGAACAAAGGUUUUGGAUUUGGUACCACUAGCUUUGGCUCAACUACAGGAUCCAGUACUGGUUUGGGAACUGGGCUAGGAUUUGGGACAUUCAACACACAGCAGACUCAAAGUACUUUAGGCGGCCUCUUCAGCCAGCCCAGCCAGCCCACCCAGCCCCCCGUCCAGUCCAACCAACUGAUCAAUACAGCAAGUGCUCUUUCUGCCCCAACGCUACUGGGAGACGAGAGAGAUGCUAUUUUGGCAAAAUGGAAUCAGCUCCAGGCCUUCUGGGGAACAGGCAAAGGAUACUUCAACAAUAACAUUCCACCUGUGGAGUUCACCCAGGAAAAUCCCUUCUGCAGAUUUAAGGCAGUGGGUUAUAGCUGCAUGCCCAAUAAUAAGGAUGAAGAUGGAUUGGUGGUUUUAAUUUUCAAUAGGAAGGAAGCAGACAUCCGAAGUCAGCAACAGCAGCUGAUAGAAUCAUUCCAUAAAAUUCUGGGAGGAAACCAGACCCUUACUGUCAAUGUAGAAGGUGUGAAAACGUUGCCAGAUGACCAGACAGAAGUUGUCAUAUAUGUUGUUGAACGUUCUCCAAAUGGCACGUCGAGGCGAGUUCCAGCCACAACACUUUAUACCCAUUUUGAACAAGCAAAUAUAAAAACCUCAUUGCAACAACUUGGAGUGACCCUUUCUAUGACUAGAACAGAGCUGUCUCCCACACAGAUCAAGCAGCUUUUACAGAAUCCUCCUGCUGGUGUUGAUCCAAUUAUUUGGGAACAGGCCAAAGUGGAUAACCCUGACUCUGAAAAGCUGAUUCCUGUGCCGAUGGUGGGCUUCAAAGAACUUCUCCGAAGACUGAAGGUCCAAGAUCAGAUGACAAAGCAGCAUCAGACCAGAUUAGAUAUUAUAUCUGAAGAUAUCAGUGAGUUACAGAAGAAUCAGACAACCACUCUGGCCAAAAUAGCACAAUACAAGAGGAAACUCAUGGAGCUUUCCCAUAGGACCUUGCAGGUCCUGAUUAAGCAGGAGAUUCAGAGGAAGAGCGGUUAUGCCAUCCAGGCUGAUGAAGAGCAGCUCCGUGUACAGCUUGAUACGAUUCAGUGUGAACUAAACGCACCGACACAGUUCAAGGGUCGCCUGAAUGAGUUAAUGUCCCAGAUCAGGAUGCAGAAUCACUUUGGAGCUGUGAAAUCGGAAGAGCGGUAUUAUGUGGAUGCAGAUCUUCUACGGGAAAUCAAGCAGCAUUUGAAACAACAGCAAGAAGGCCUCAGCCACUUGAUAAGCAUCAUAAAAGAUGAUCUGGAGGACAUCAAAUUGAUAGAACAUGGGUUGAAUGAGAACGUCCACAUCAGAGGAGGGGUCUUCAGUUGACAGUGCACAGCCCUCUGUCUGUCGGGUGUGGGAAUGCUGCUGCUGGAUCUGUCACUGUCUCAGAUCUCCCCUAAGACUGAAACUGAUUGUAUUAAAAAAAAAGCCAAGCUUGGCUUCUGAGAAAGUUAUUGAGAAAUUAUUGUUUUUAAAUUUUGAAAAAGCAUAGCUAUCUCACAACUUUUCAAACUUGACCUUUGAAAGGUUUGUACCUAAAAGCUGUGUUUACUUUAAAAUGAGGAAAGGUUCCUAAUUAGCAAUAGGAUGUGUACUAUUGUACAUUUUUACAGCAGCAUUGUUGAAAAAUCAGUGUUUAAAGAUUAUUCUCCAUUGAGCCUUUAACUAUGCUUUUCCACAGCCAACAAAAAUAUGAAAACAGGUGAAUUUUGCAAUACAAAAUAAAUGAGUGAAAGAUAA